AUGGCGGAGGCGCUGAGGCGGGUGCUAAGUCCCAGCAGCGCGGCCGGGCCUGAUGAGGAGAACACAGCUGAGGCUGGGCCACCUUUGCUGCUGCUCGGCGGUCCCGGCUCCGGAAAGACAGCGCUGCUAUUCGCGGCGGCCCUUGAGACGGCAGGGGAGGGCCGAGGCCCCGUCCUCUUCCUGACCCGGAGGCCUCUGCAAAGCCUGCCUCGCGGGACCGGAGCGGCGCUCGACCAUCUGCGGCUGCAGAAGAUCCGCUUCCAGUACCCACCCUCGACCCGUGAGCUUCUCCACCUCCUGUGCUCUGCCCAUGAGGCCCGGGGGCCAGCCCCGUCCCUCCUGCUGCUCGAUGGCUUGGAGGAGUACCUAGCUGAAGACCCGGGGCUCCAGGAAGCCGCCUACCUGGCUGCCCUGCUUCUGGACACUGCUGACCACUUCAGCCACCGAGUUGGACCUGGCGGUAGCUGUGGGCUCAUUGUGGCCCUCCAGACCCAGGAGGAGGGAGACAGUGGGGAUGCCCUGCAGCUGUCAGUGCUCCAGCGGUAUUUCCCUGCCCAGUGCUGGCUGCAGCCGGAUGCACCAGGGCCAGGACAGCACCGCCUCCGAGCCAGCCUGGAGCCAGGUGGGCUGGGCCCCAGGGCAGAGUGGUGCGUGGCUUUCCGACCAGAUGGAGAGAUGACAGUCACCCCGUGGCCUGCCCAGGCUGGCGACCCCAGCUCAGACAAGGGUUCAAGCUCUGGAGGCCAGCGCUGAGCUUUGGUGUGUGACAGCCUCUCUAUGCCUCAGUUUCCCCUGGCUGGAAUACUUCCCCCAGGGAAAUGUACAGAUUCGAAGACCUAAAGAAUGUAAAAUGCUUUUCCCUUUUAAAAAUAGCAUUAUCAUGUACACAUUACACCCAAGCCACAUACUGUUUCGUUUUGCUGUUUUGAACUUUAUAAAAAUAGUUUGAUGAUAAAUGUAA